AUGGUACCCCUGAUGCACAAAUUUAAUCUUAAUUUGCAUAAUUUAUUCAAUUUCGAAGCCCCGGCUCAACUCACCCGCGCAUUGCGCUACAACAUCGAAAUUGAAUUUCGUCGAGGCGCGCAUCAAUUUAGUGCAGGAUCAAUUCGAACAACUGGUGAUUUGAUCAUUUUGAAUUUUUUUUUGAAAUACUCGCCUCGACUCACAUCCUCUCUUCAUCUUGUCCACCCAACAUCUGAAAUGGCCAGAACUAAGCAAACAGCCCGCAAGUCCACCGGUGGUAAAGCACCACGUAAGCAGCUCGCAACCAAGGCCGCAAGAAAAACCGCCGCACCAACCCAAGCUGCAGGUGGUGUAAAGAAGCCACACCGUUACAAGCCUGGUACUGUCGCUCUUCGUGAGAUCAGACGUUAUCAGAAGUCGACCGAAUUGCUUAUCCGUAAAUUGCCAUUCCAACGUCUCGUAAGAGAAAUUGCGCAAGAUUAUAAGACGGAUUUGCGUUUCCAAUCUUCAGCUAUUGGUGCACUUCAAGAAGCUAGUGAAGCAUACCUGGUCUCGCUAUUCGAAGACACAAACCUUGCAGCUAUCCACGCAAAGAGAGUUACAAUUCAACCAAAGGAUAUUCAACUCGCACGCAGAUUACGUGGUGAGCGCACUUAA